GUUGGCCGCCCUACCAGAGAAACCCCCGGCCAUCGACUGGGCUUACUACAAGGCUGCUGUUGCUAAAGCUGGCAUGGUGGAUGAGUUUCAGAAGAAGUUCAGUGCACUGAAGGUUCCUGAGCCAGUGGAUACACAAACUGCCCAAAUUGAUGCCCAGGAGCAGGAAGCUGCCAAGAGCAUCGCGGAGUACGUGCAGGCUUCCAGAGCUCGCAUUGCCCAGUACGAGCAGCAGCUUCAGAAGCUCAGAAACAUGAUUCCCUUCGAGCAGAUGACAUUGGAAGACUUGUACGAAGCCUUCCCUGAAACCAAACUGGACAAGGAGAAGUACCCGUACUGGCCCCACAAACCGAUUGCUGAUCUGUAA